CGGCCCCAGUGGUCUGGGCCGACUUGUCCGCACCCGGAAGGCUACUUUGCCAUCUCCGCCGUGGCUUGCACGACGACGCCCCGUCCUCCCCGGCGGCUGAUCCGAGCCGUGCCCUCAUCCAUAUUUGUUACCCUUCCCAGGUAUUUCCCCCUCUCAUGGUUGCACAAUUUUCUCUCGAUCCUUCUUCUGCCCAAUCUCGCACUGCUGGUCUUCCCGACUUUGGUGUUCACCGGAACGCACCCCCACGAGUCCUUGGACGCCUUCACUUCCGUCAUGAUUUGAUCACCACACAAUUUGAUACCACAGCGAAAACCACAUGAUUGUUGCGAUGAAGCCAUAUCUUAUUUUACUAUCUUUCUUGGCAAGCCUGCCAUUAGUGUAUGGCCUUUACGAUGAUGUGCCAGAUUGCGCAUUACCAUGCCUAUUCGAACCCCUCGACUACACAUCGUGCCAGUUCAGUAAUUCGACAUGUCUCUGCGAAGACAUGAACUAUAACAUGGCCGUAAUUCAUUGCGUUCGGGUCCAGUGCAGCGUGCAGCAAGCUUUGAUUACGAAGAAUCGAACAUGGCAAGACUGCGGAUUCGCUUAUCAUGAUGAAGGUGUUUCCAUCGCAUGGGUCCCGUCAUUUCUCUUCGGAAUGGUGACCUUAUUUUUUGCCAUGCGGCUGGCGACGAAAUGGAUAGGUUUAUCGACUUGGGGUUUGGACGAUACAACCAUUACCUUUGCAUACGCAAUGAUGAUUGCGUUCUUGGUCGCGACACAUCUUGGACGGCAAGAGGGAUUCGGAAAAGACAUUUGGACGCUCACAGUGGACCAGAUUACAAAUUUCAUCAGGGGCUUCUUCGCUUUUGAGAUUGUCUACUCUGUGACCCUUGCAGUCAUCAAAGCGUCGAUACUAUUUCUCUACAUACGCAUCUUCGGAGCACUCACCGAGACUUUCCGCCGAAUCUUGUGGGCGACGCACAUCUUCAACAUCAUUGUAUGCGUCACAUUUGUCAUUGUCAACUUGAACCAAUGCAAACCUCUCAGCUACUUUUGGUUUGGAUGGGAUGGCAGACACCCCGGUUAUUGCAUUGAUUUGUCUGCCAUGGCCCUCUCUCAUGCGGCCAUCAACAUCGCUCUUGAUCUCUGGAUGCUGGUUUUGCCAGCCACGCAGAUCUAUAGGCUCAACCUGCAGAAGAGGCAGAAAGCCGGUAUCAUGUCUAUGUUUGGCGUUGGCAUCUUCAUCACUAUUGUCAGUGCUGUUCGCUUGCGCAGUGUAGCACAGUUCAACAAAUCAUGGAACCCAACCUACGACUUCUUUGGCCUGGCACUCUGGUCCCACAUCGAGCUUUGCGUUGGAACAAUCGUGGCAUGCAUGCCGGCAGCCCGAGCUCUCGUCCGACGACUCUUCCCCGAGCUCCUUUACGUCACCAACAUCUCCACGAAUAGAACUUCCACCAGAGCUUCCGGCAACGUCAAGAUUGUGUCCCAGGACAUUGCAACCAUCGCCACGGAUGAUGUCCCCGAGAGUUCGACAGCGAAUUCCACGAAGAAGGAUUCGCUCGCCACCCUGAUUCCCGAUAGAGUCCCGCUGAGGCGACUGACUACGAGCGAUAGCUUGCUGCAAAUUUCUAAGAGCGAUCCUGAUCGCUCGUUAUACGGAGACUCGCAGAAAGGAAGCAGCAAACUCAGUGAUUGGUAAAUGUCUAUUUGGCUACAUGUAUUCAUAAACAACAACGUUGGUGGUAAUGUGAUUGGCAAAGGAGUGCGAAAAGUAUCGAUAAUACCCUGACUGUACCGUAAAGCAGAUUGAUAUUUAGAUUUCUUUGGAGCGAUGUAUUAAGAUGCAACCCACAUCAUGUAAAAUACUUAAAAAAAGCAAAAAAGAACACACAG